AUGGACACCGAGUCCACCCACUCUGGCUACUCCAACAGAUCCAACAGACAUGGGGAGCAGAGGCGGCGUGAGCGGCGUAAGCUCAGCAGUAAGGACAGCAGCCGGUCAGAGAGGUCUGUAAUCAUCAACAGCCCCUACGGGCCCACUCAGGCCUCCCCCAACCACAACAGCGAGCCCCUGCUAGAAGUCCCCACCUCCGUGGCUGGAGACGAGGCUCCAAGCCUCCAGGAUGAUAACUGGGGGGAAACCACCACGGCGGUGACUGGCACCUCAGAGCUUAGUCUAUCCCAGGAGGAGGUGGUUGGUCUGGGGAAGAGGUCGGAGGACGGCCUGGGGCAGGGCUGUCGGCACUACGCUUCCCUAGCUCUGGGCCUCUGUGUGGGGCUACUGGUCCUGGCCACCCCCCUGGCCUUCCUGGUCCUCCCGGCGGUGCUGUGGCCGGCCAGGCUGCAGGCCUGUGGCUCAGCCUGCGAGGGCCUCUUCCUCUCUGUGUCCUGUAAACUUCUCAUCCUUCUGCUAGCUGUGUGGGCGAUCUUCCUGCGCCAGGCCCGUGCCAGCCUGCCCAGGGUGUGUGUGUACCGAGCCCUCCUGGCCAUUCUCACACUGCUGCUCACAAUCUCCUACUGGCUGUUCUAUGGGGUCCGCAUCCUCGACUCACAGGAUGAGGACUACCAGGGUAUCGUCCAGUUUGCUGUGUCUCUGGUGGACUCUCUGCUGUUUGUCCACUACCUGGCCAUUGUUCUGCUGGAGCUCAGACAGCUCCAGCCCUGCUACAGCCUGUGUGUUAUACGCUCCACUGACGGAGAGACACGCUACUACAACCUGGGACAGCUCAGUAUUCAGAGGGCAGCUCUGUCUCUGCUGGAGUUCUACUACAGGGACUUCCCUGUCCAUAACCCUGCCCUUCUCUCCGCCUCCAAGCACCGUGCCGCCAAGCACCUGGCCGGCCUCAAGGUCUACACCGUGGACGGCCCAGUGAACCCGGUGGGGGGUCAGUCGCGUGCCAUGAUCUCUGCAGCAGCCAGGCGCAGAGACGCCACUCACAACGAACUAUACUACGAAGAGGCCGACCAUGACCGACGGGUCCGCAAACGCAGAGCCAGGCUGGUGGUGGCUGUGGAGGAGGCCUUCAUGCAUGUGAGGCGGAUGCAGCAGGAGGAGCAGAAAGCAUCCCCUGGGGAUGUGAUGGACGUACGGGAGGCGGCCCUGGCCAUCUUCCCCUCCAUGGCCCGUGCCCUGCAGAAAUACCUCCGAACCACCAGGAGGCAGCACUGCCACAGCAUGGAGAGCAUCCAGAGACACUUGGCCUUCUGCCUCACACACAACAUGAGCCCCAAGGCAUUCCUGGAGGCCUACCUGUCCCCUGGUCCUACGCUACAGUACGGUCGAGAGCGCUGGAUGGCCGGUCAGUGGACUCUGGUCAGCGAGGCUGCGGUCACCAGCGGUCUAAAGGAGCACACAGCCUUCUCACUGAGGUGUCUAGACUUCAGCCUAGCGGUAACAGUCAAGUCCAUCCCCUACAUUCAAAUGACCGAGGAGUACGUCGAUCCUAAGUCACACAAGUUUACCCUGAGUCUCCAAUCUGAAACAUCAGUCUAA